AUGUCAAUAUUAAAAGUUGAAAUAAAAGAAUUAUUAAAAUCUAUUAUACAUGAACAAAUUACUGAAGACAUAUUGAAUAGAAAAGCUCCGUUAUUCUUUCAAUUACAAAAACAUGUUGUUGAAGAAUUGAUUCAUUUUCUUGCUGAACCAUCUUUAAUCGUUAUGAAUAAUUAUAAUGAUAAAACUAUUGAUGAACAAAUGUUAAUUAAACAAUCAAAUUUAGAUUUUCUUCUAAAUAUUCUUUUUAUUGAAUUAACAACAAACAAAGCAUGUUUAAAUAAUUUACCAUUGAAAAAUUUUCGAAUUGCUAUCAUGGAUUUAGUAUUUGCUCUGUUCGAAAGACAAAAAGAAUUGCUUUUAGUAUUAAAUGAAUGUUCAUUAGAAGCACGUAAUUUAUCGAUAACCCUUGAUGUUAUCAAUGUUUUAACAAACAAAACAAAACAAUGCCAAUGGCCUGAAUCCUUUCUUACACAAUCAAGUACUAAUUUAGGCGAAACGCUUCCAUUGACUAAAGAAAUAGUUGACGCAGCCGAUGUUUAUUUCAAUAGGAAUGCUGAUGAACAAUUAAUGAAAUUUAUGAAUCAGAAUAUCAAUCGUGAUUGGAAUCCAUUGCCACAUGAGUCACUUAAUCAAUUUAUCGAAAGUCUACCAGCUGAGUCUGUUCCUGAUUCAACCAAAUAUCAUUCAUUUAGUUAUUUACGUGAUAUACCAUCGAUACAUAUACAAACACGUGCUAAACUUUUCUAUUUAUUCAAUAUAUUCGUUGGAAAAGUCUUACCAAUAAUUGAUUUAAGUUUACCACCAGGCAGUAGUAAUCUUACGAAUCAAAUUCGAGCAGCACGAAAUUAUAUAUUGAAUACAACAAAAUUUCAAUUAUUUGAUGAUGCUUUAUCUCAAACUGCAUCUAGUGCAGGAUUAUCACCAGAGAGUGUAAAUUUUGACACUGUAAAAGCUAGUCUUGCUGAGCAUCCUGAAGAUACAAUGUUCUAUCAAGCAUAUAAGCAAUUAUAUUCUAAUGCGUCUCGAACAUUUCGACGAACGAAUGACGAAAGACCUUGGGUAGCCGUUUUUAUCGGCAUGCAUAGUAGUGAUGGAGGUGGACCCUUCAGAGAUUCAAUAACACGCAUGUGUGCCGAACUAUGCAGUACAAAAUUACCAUUAUUUAUUCUUUGUCCUAAUGGACGAACAAACAGUGGUUCAAAUUGUGAUCGAUGGAUUCCGAAUGUUUUUCCACCAAAUCGACCCAUAUCAGAUGAAUUCAAAAAUCAAUAUCGUUUUGUUGGAAAAUUAAUGGGCAUGGCUAUACGUACAAGAAACCUUUUAGAUGUUCGAUUUCCAAUUUUACUCUGGAAGCAAUUAGUACAAGAAAAAGUUACAAUCGAAGAUAUUGAAGCUAUUGACAUAUCAAGUUUUUCUAUUAUCAAUCAAAUGGAAGAAAAUAUUAAACAAGUAAAAAGUCUCAAUGAAUAUGAAGAUGGUGAUAUAAACAACAAUUGUGAUUAUUUAUUUAGUAGUAUUAUGAGUGAAUUAACAUUUGAUGUUGUUAGUUCAGCUGGACAAACGUAUGAACUUAUUCCUGAUGGUUUUCAUAUUCCUAUUACUGCUGCUAAUUUCGAAGAUUAUUGUAUGCGCUAUCGUCAAUAUCGUAUCAAUGAAUUUCAUCGACAAAUUGAUUUUAUUCGUCAAGGUUUAUAUAGUGUCGUACCAUCGGCUUAUUUAACUCUGUUUACUGCUAGUGAAUUAGAAGAAGCUGUUUGUGGUAAAGGUUAUAUUGAUAUUGCAAUGUUGAAACGUCAUACCUGUUAUAACAGCGAUAGUGAAACUACGCCACAUAUCGUUCGAUUUUGGUCUGUUUUAAGUGAGAUGUUUAGUGAAGAACAGAAAAAACUAUUUUUAAUAUUUGUUUGGGGACGAAGUACAUUACCGAAUAGAGACGACGAUUUUUCCUUGAGUUUUUCAAUAAGUCGUCUGGAACCAACUGGCAAUGUUGAUGAUGCUCUUCCAAAAUCGCACACAUGUUCAUUCGCUCUUGAUUUACCUCAAUAUUCAACUAAAGAAAUUGCAUAUGAACGUUUGAAUUAUGCUAUUACCUAUUGUUCCAGUAUCGAUGAUGAUUGGAACAUGAAUUAG